AUGGCUGGAAAGAGUGACCGCUACUUCCAGGUACCAGAUUGGGCAUUUCUAGUCAAGGAUUGCGAUACUGGUCGACUAUUGCUGUGGGACUAUGGACUAUCUGGUGAUGCAGACGAAUUCACCCCGUUCGUCCGACAAAACCUGCUUGAAGAGCUACAGCCAUGCUCGCCCCGGAAGUCAGUGGCCGAACAGAUCGCUGAAAAAGACGAGAAGCAAUUAUCAGCAAAGGGGCUUGGGACUAUUAUCUUCAGUCACGCGCACUGGGACCACUGUCGACCGUUCUGGAAGGACUUUCCCAUAGCGAAAGCGUUCUUUGGUCCCGGAACACUGGCUCACUGUACUCCGGGCCACUUAGAGAAUCCCUCCAGUCAGUGGGAUGGUCGAAUAUUCGAUGAGGACGAGGGACUUCGUAGAUGCCAAGAGUUGGCCGGGCCCUGGGUUCAAUUUGGUCCGUUCGAACGCGCCAUGGACUUCUUCGGCAAUGGUAGCUUCUGGGUAAUACAAGCUCCUGGACACAUGCCCGGCAACCUCAUUGCUGCUGCGCGGUUGCGCAUUGGUACUUGGGUUGUUAUGGCUGGUGAUUGUUGUCAUGCAAGGCAAAUAUACGACGGUCUCCAUGACUUCGCCGUCUUCAAGCUACCCGGUGGACAGACAGGAUGUUUACAAGAGGAUGUUUCGACGGCAAGAAGCACCCUGGGCAAGAUUAAAGCGUUCACAGACAAUUACCUGGCGACCGUCUGUUUUGCACACGAUGCGACCUGGAUGCAGAAGGGUUCCGAGGAUGAAGUUCUGCUCUCACUGACCAACCAAAAUGUCCUGGAGGCAUAUCGAAGCUAA